AUGCCUACCAAAUAUUUGUUCUUGAUUGUGCUAUCAGUUCUUGCAAUUCCAUCUUUAGCCAAUUAUGAUGAGAGUUUUGGCAUUGAUGGGCAAGAUUUGCACAAGAAGCCACCUCUUCAUCCACCCGCACCUGCACCAAAGCACAAAUGGAACGACGAGUUAGAUUUAGACGAUCAGGUACUUCACCCAAUCCCAAUCAAGCACAAGCCAACCCACCCACCGAAACACGCACCCGCACCUGCACCCAAGCACAAACCAUCUAAAGCGCCCGCACCUGCACCAAAGCACAAAUGGGAUGACGAAUUAGAUUUAGAUGAUCAAGUACUUCACCCGAUUCCAAUCAAGCACAAGCCAACCCACCCACCAAAACACGCACCAGCACCUGCACCCAAGCACAAACCAUCUCAUGCACCCGCACCUGCACCCAAGCAUAAAUAUUGGGACGACGAGUUGGAUCUAGAUGACGGUGAACUUCACCUAAUCAACAAGCACAAGCCAACUCAUCCACCAAAACAUGCACCCGCACCUGCACCAAAGCACAAGCCAUCUCAUGCACCCGCACCUGCACCCAAGCAUAAAUAUUGGGAUGACGAGUUGGAUCUUGAUGACGAUGAACUUCACCCAAUCAAAAAGCACAAGCCAACUCAUCCGCCAAAACAUGCACCCGCACCAGCACCAAAGCACAAGCCAUCUCAUGCACCCGCACCUGCACCAAAGCACCAUAAGAAGUCGUCGUUCGAAGAAGAUUUCGACAUGGGAGAAGAAGAAGUGAACAACCACAAACACAAGCACAAGCACCAUGCACCAACCAAGGCACCGGAAGUCGCCCCAACGCCUUCUCGAACGAUCGAUUUAUUUGGAUUGUUCUAG